AUGUCUCAAGCUUCCUACCAAACACAGCCGCAGAUGAUGCAAACCAAUAUUCAAGGCACAUCUACACCAGCGCCAACUCAGCCAAUGACAUGGAAACAUGGAUUGUUUGAUUGCUUUAAUAAUAUGGGCGACUGCUGCCUGGCUUGCUGGUGUCCAUGCAUAAUAUAUGGCAAAACUAAAUCCAAAGCGGAUGGUUCAGACGAAACUGCCCAGUGUUGUUGUUUCUUUUGCGCAAUGUGUAUUGGCUUCUGGUGCUGUCUUGGAACCGUAAACCGUGGUGAUCUUCGUAACAAGAAGAAUAUUCAAGGAGGUCUUAUUGAAGAUGCAGCCAUUUGGUGGUGUUGUACCCCAUGUGCAUUGGUCCAAGAACAUCAGGAAUUCAGUGAUUCGCGUGGCCCAACAACGCUGCAGUUGGACCAGCGCAUGCAGCAACAGCAGCAAGAGAUACAAAAUAUUCGUCAGCAGCAGCAGGAAGAAAUGCAAGAUGUUCGUCAGCAACAAUUCUUACAACACGUUGAUAACGUGUUAUUAGUUAAUUGGCAACAGCAACAACAAAAUUUCAGAACCGCGAAAUCAAGCACUAGUGCAACAAGUGACACUAAUGCGGCUACAGAUUCAACAGCUGCAAAAUCCAGCACCACCUCCUCAACCACAACCACAACAGCAGUAGCGACAAAAUAUAAUAUUUGCGACAUGCGCUGUGGUCACUGUUGCUGUGGCGAAUAG